AUGAAGAGGAUCAAGAUGUGUCCCAUGAAGAAAGAUAGGGUCAAGUUUCAGAGAAGAGAGGUCAGUUCCUCAGAACAUUGCUGUGUGUCGCUGUGCAGCUCCUCUGCCAAAUUCUCCAGUCUGUCAUUCCACUCUUUCCCUGCUGAUGAUGAGCUACGAAAGAAGUGGGUGAUUAAUAUCCGACGAGACAACUUCACCAUCGGCAAAAUCUCCAAGGUCUGUGGCAGGCAUUUUCUUCCUGAACACAUAGUGGAGCCUACUCCGGGAGGGCUAUGUCGUCUGAGGAAGGGCCCUUUUGUGGGGAAAACUAAUUCUGAUUGUCUGAGCCUGGCUCCCCAGUGGGUGGGCCUAUGCCCUCCCAGGCCCACCCAUGGCUGCGCCCCUGCUCAGUCAUGUGAAAUCCAUAGAUUAGGGCUUUAUGAAUUUAUUUAAAUUGGCUUAUUUCCUUAUAUGAACUGUAACUCAGUAAAUUCAUUGAAAUUGUUGCAUGUUGCGUUUAUAUUUUUGUUCAGUAUAGUUAAAACAUUGUGUUAAUUAAUAUCAAUAAUACUUUUAAAAAAAAGGUUUUUUUUUAAUGUAUGUUAAAAUACAAUGUUAAAUUAAAGCGAUUGAACAGUACUUUGGUGAUUUGUAUUUUUUCUGCUGCCAAUUACAAAAUGGCUGUGCAGGCCCUAUAAAAAGGAACAACUAUUAUGUGAUAAUAAUGUACAUCAAUUACAUCGAACUAAUCAAUUACUUAUAUAUAUUCAGUGAACUCCAUAAGUAUUUUUGUUGUUGUUGUUGUAUUCCAGCACUUUGGAGUUGAAAUUAUACAAUGACUAUGGGGGUUAAAUUGCAGACUGUCAGCUUUAAUUUGAGGGUAUUUCCAUCCAUAUCGGAUGAACCAUUUAGAAAUUACAGCACAUUUUGUACAUAGUCCCCCCAUUUUAGGGAACCAAAAGUAUUUGGACAGAUUAAUAUUAUGUACAAUAAAGUAGUCAAAAGUGUAGUAUUUUGGUCCCAUAUUCCUAGAACUCAAUGCGUACAUCAAAUGUGUUAGAUACAUUUGCAGUUUGUUUUGCUUGUGUUUCAGAUUAUGUUGUGUCCAAGAGAAAUUAAUGGUAAAUGAUGAAUUUUGUCACUUUUUUUUGUAAAUAAGAAUAGAAUAUGUUUCUAAACACUUUCACAUGAAUGUGGAAGCUACAUGAUUACGGAUAGUCUUGAAUAAUGAUACAGAUGGGUCAAACAUCACACCCCCAAGACAUGCUAACUUCUCACCAUUACUAAUAACAGAGGAGGUUAGCAUUUACAUUUUAGCAGAUGCUCUUAUCCAGAGCGACUUACAGUUAGUGAGUGCAUAUAUUUUCAUACUGGCGCCCCGUGGGAAACGAACCCACAACCCUGGCGUUGCAAGCGCCAUGCUCUACCAACUGAGCUACAGGGGACCUGUCUUGUGGGUGUGAUGUUUGACCCGUCUGUAUCCUUCUCACUCAUCAUUAUUCACGACUCAUUUAGGAUUAUCAUUUCAAAUCCAAAAUACUGGAAUACAGGGCCAAAAAUACAAAACAAAUUGUCACUGUCCAAAUACUUUUGGAGUUCACAGUGUAUAUGUUGCCUGGGGUUACAGAGACAGGCAUUGCAGCCAGUGGAUGAGCUAUUCCUCUUUCUCACACAUCUCGCUCUGGGGUUACAGAGACCUGAGCCAGCGGUUUCACAUCCCUCUACAGAUCAUCAUCACUUGGGCCAGCUUUCUCUACACCCUGCCCGGAGCAGUUACUAUCUGGAUGUCACAAGAGGAAGUGAAGACCAACCUGCCGGAGGAAUUUAAAAGCUACCCAGACAGACAGGUCAUUGUUGACUGCACCGAGCUCAGGUGUCAGACACAACCCUGUCUUUUGCUGCAAAGUGAGAUGUUCUCCAUCUACAAAUCCCACUGCACAAUGAAAGCCCCAGGGAAGGUCUACCGUCCUCCAUUCCUGUCAAAACAGAGCCAAAUGCCUACAGCAGAAGUUAAUCUGACACAAGAGAUCGCUCGGCUUAGGAUCCAUGUGGAAAGAGUCAUUCGAAGGGUGAAAUCGAACAAGUUGUUUGACACCAAUAUCUCCCUAGCCUUCGCAGGAAGCAUUAACCGGCUCUUCACUGGCAUGCCUGCUCUGCAACUACCAGUGUACAGCUCUUGUGAAAAAAUGGGCCAAGGAGGUGUGAGACGCAAACCCAUCAUGUACGUCUCUCCACUUGCGCUCUCCAAACUCCCGCUAGUGGAGAAUGCUAUCUUGUUGAAAUGUUUGCUGGAUCACCAAGAGCUGUAAAUAGAUCUACACUCUGAGCACGUCAGCCUGCCUUGCCUUCUGCUGAUUUAAUAUCCUUAUGACUGCUACAACCUAUUUUACACUGACGUUGACAGUCUUUUUUAUCCUUGAUAUCCCAGUUGUGAAUUAAUAUGCUGGUUUAGGUUUUUUCUUAAUCAGUUCAUUUAAUAUUAUAUCACCUAAUUGUUGUUUGAAUUGGUUCUUCAGUUAUCACCUAGUUGUUUUUUCUUAAUUGGUUCUUCAUUUAGUAUUUCACCUAA